AUGUCAGCUAGCUCUAUUAACAAGAGAAUAUAUAUUCCAAAAUUUUACGCCGAUGUUAACAUUCAUAAGCCUAAAGAAUAUUAUGAUUAUGAUAAUUUAGAAUUGCAAUGGAAUAAACCUAAUAGAUAUGAAAUAAUGAAAAAGAUAGGAAGAGGAAAAUAUAGUGAAGUGUUUAAUGGGUAUGAUACCGAAUUUAAUAGACCAUGUGCAAUAAAAGUAUUGAAACCUGUAAAAAAAAAAAAAAUAAAAAGAGAAAUAAAAAUUUUACAAAAUUUGCAUGGAGGACCAAAUAUAAUAAAAUUAUUGGACAUAGUAAAAGAUCCUGUAACCAAAACACCAUCCUUAAUUUUUGAAUAUAUUAACAACAUUGAUUUUAAAACUCUAUAUCCUAAAUUUACUGAUAAAGAUAUACGUUAUUAUAUCUAUCAAAUUUUGAAAGCACUUGAUUAUUGUCAUAGUCAGGGAAUUAUGCAUAGAGAUGUUAAACCACAUAAUAUUAUGAUUGAUCAUGAAAAUAAACAAAUAAGAUUAAUAGACUGGGGACUAGCAGAAUUUUAUCAUCCAGGUCAAGAGUAUAAUGUUCGCGUUGCUAGUAGGUAUUAUAAAGGACCUGAACUUUUAAUAGAUCUUCAGUUAUAUGAUUAUUCUUUAGACAUAUGGAGCCUUGGUUGCAUGCUAGCUGGUAUGAUUUUUAAGAAAGAACCCUUUUUUUGUGGACAUGAUAAUUAUGACCAGCUUGUUAAAAUUGCAAAGGUACUUGGUACAGAUGAUCUACAUGCAUAUCUAAAAAAAUAUAAUAUUAAACUUAAACCACAUUACCUGAACAUAUUAGGUGAAUAUGAAAGAAAACCAUGGUCCCAUUUUCUAACACAAUCAAAUAUUGAUAUAGCAAAAGAUGAAGUUAUUGACCUAAUUGACAAAAUGUUAAUAUAUGAUCAUGCAAAGAGAAUAGCCCCAAAGGAGGCCAUGGAACAUCCUUACUUUAGUGAAGUAAGGGAGGAUUCAUGA